GCGUGCCGAAGCCCCGGCGCGUGGGGCCGAGGGGAGGAGCGCGGCGGCGGCGGCGGCCGUGGGGCGGCGGCGGCGGUGGUCUGGCCGGAGAUGGCGGCGCGGUGGAGCAGCGAGAAUGUGGUGGUGGAAUUUAGGGAUUCCCAGGCAACUGCAAUGUCUGUAGAUUGUCUUGGGCAGCAUGCAGUGCUUUCUGGCCGCCGAUUCCUGUACAUUGUGAAUCUGGAUGCCCCAUCUGAAGGUCACCGCAAGAUCUCUCGUCAGAGCAAAUGGGACAUUGGGGCUGUGCAGUGGAAUCCACAUGACAACUACGCACACUACUUUGCAGCUUCGAGCAAUCAGCGGGUCGAUCUUUACAAGUGGAAAGAUGGCAGUGGGGAAGUUGGCACAGCACUACAGGGGCAUACCAGGGUGAUCAGUGACUUGGACUGGGCUGUGUUCGAGCCAGACUUGCUGGUUACCAGCUCUGUGGACACCUACAUCUACAUUUGGGAUAUCAAAGACACAAGGAAACCUACUGUUGCACUGUCUGCUGUAGCGGGUGCCUCACAGGUGAAAUGGAAUAAGAAGAAUGCUCACUGUCUUGCCACCAGUCAUGAUGGGGAUGUUCGGAUAUGGGACAAACGGAAACCUAGCACUGCAGUGGAAUAUCUUGCUGCCCACCUGUCUAAAAUUCACGGGCUGGACUGGCACCCAGACAGCGAACAUAUCUUAGCCACCUCAAGUCAGGACAACUCUGUCAAGUUCUGGGAUUACCGCCAGCCUCGGAAAUACCUCAAUAUUCUCCCUUGCCAGGUGCCUGUCUGGAAGGCCAGAUACACUCCUUUCAGCAAUGGGUUAGUGACUGUGAUGGUUCCUCAGCUUCGGAGAGAAAAUAGCCUCCUUCUGUGGAAUGUCUUUGACUUGAACACGCCAGUGCACACUUUUGUGGGCCAUGAUGAUGUGGUGCUAGAGUUUCAGUGGAGGAAACAAAAAGAAGGGUCCAAGGAUUACCAGCUGGUCACCUGGUCCCGGGACCAAACUCUGCGGAUGUGGAGAGUCGAUUCACAGCUGCAGAGGCUCUGUGCAAAUGAUAUUCUGGAUGGUGUUGAUGAGUUCAUUGAAAGUAUUUCCCUUCUACCAGAACCAGAGAAGAUCCUCCACACCCAAGAUUCAGAUCACCAACCUAGCUCAGGCCAUGGGGAGGAGGAAGCUUCAAAGGAAGACUCCCCUAGCAGUCUUCUGUUGGGGAAGAAAUCAGAACAGUUGGGGUUACCUCAGACGCUACAACAAGAAUUCUCCCUGAUCAACGUGCAGAUCCGGAAUGUUAAUGUCGAGAUGGAUGCUGUUGAUAGAAGCUGCACAGUGUCUGUUCACUGUAGUAACCAUCGAGUCAAAAUGCUGGUGAAGUUCCCAGCCCAGUACCCUAAUAAUGCUGCACCUUCUUUCCAGUUCAUUAACCCUACAACUAUUACAUCCACCAUGAAAGCAAAACUUCUAAAGAUUCUGAAAGACACCUCCCUGCAGAAAGUGAAACGUAACCAGAGUUGUUUGGAGCCCUGCGUGCGCCAGCUGGUUUCUUGCCUGGAGUCCUUUGUGAACCAAGAAGACAGCACGUCUAGCAAUCCCUAUGCUCUCCCCAACGCCGUCACUCCACCCUUACCCACCUUUGCCCGGGUGACCAGUGCUUAUGGAUCCUACCAGGACGCCAACAUCCCUUUCCCUCGGACCUCAGGAGCCAGGUUCUGUGGAGCAGGUUACCUGGUGUAUUUCACAAGACCCAUGACAAUGCAUCGGGCAGUUUCUCCAACAGAACCUACUCCUAGGUCUCUGUCAGCCUUGUCUGCCUAUCAUAGUGGUUUGAUCACACCAAUGAAAAUCCGCACAGAAGCUCCUGGGAACCUACGUUUGUACAGUGGGAGCCCUACUCGCAGUGAGAAGGAGCAGGUCUCCAUCAGCUCCUUCUACUAUAAGGAACGGAUGUCUCCUCGCUCUGCCCGGCGACGUUGGUCCAUACAAGCAAUUAACGACUUCCCGAAAUCUCGGAGAUGGAAGAGCAAGCGGGAAGGUUCGGACUCUGGCAACCGUCCAAUCAAAGCUGCUGGAAAAGUCAUAAUUCAGGAUAUUGCCUGCCUCCUUCCUGUACACAAAUCAUUAGGAGAACUCUACAUAUUGAAUAUUAAUGACAUUCAGGAAACCUGUCAGAAGAAUGCUGCCUCAGCCUUGCUUGUGGGACGCAAAGAUCUUGUCCAGGUUUGGUCACUGGCUACAGUAGCUACUGAUCUUUGCCUCGGACCAAAGUCUGAUCCUGAUUUGGAGACACCCUGGGCCCGACAUCCGUUUGGACGACAGCUGUUGGAAUCCCUGCUGGCCCAUUACUGUCAACUCCGGGACGUCCAGACGCUAGCCAUGCUUUGCAGUGUGUUUGAAGCACAGUCCCGGCCACAGGGAAUACUGAACCCCUUUGGGCCCUUUCCUAAUCGUUCUUCUAAUCUUGUGUCCCACAGUCGAUAUCCUAGCUUUACUUCCUCUGGCUCUUGCUCAAGUAUGUCAGACCCAGGACUCAACUCUAGUGGAUGGAAUAUAGUGGGUAGGGAAACAGAACAUGCAUCGUCCCCCUGGGGAGAGUCUUCACCUGAUGAAUUGCGCUUUGGGAGUUUGACUUACAGCGACCCUCGUGAGCGAGAACGAGACCAGCAUGACAAGAAUAAAAGGCUCCUGGACCCUGCCAACACCCAGCAGUUUGAUGAUUUUAAGAAAUGUUAUGGAGAAAUCCUUUAUCGUUGGGGUCUGAGAGAGAAACGAGCUGAAGUUUUAAAGUUUGUGUCCUGCCCUCCUGAUCCUCAUAAAGGAAUUGAGUUUGGUGUGUAUUGCAGUCACUGCCGGAGUGAGGUUCGUGGAACACAGUGUGCCAUCUGCAAGGGAUUCACAUUCCAGUGUGCCAUCUGCCACGUAGCGGUGAGAGGCUCCUCGAACUUCUGCCUGACCUGCGGACAUGGUGGGCACACCAGCCACAUGAUGGAAUGGUUCCGCACCCAGGAGGUGUGUCCUACCGGGUGUGGGUGCCAUUGCCUCCUUGAGAGUACAUUUUGAAAUCCCGGGCUGUUGACUCUGUGUGGAGGAUGUCCCCAAAGUCAGGGGAUCAGACUCCCUUCCAGGACUGGAGUCCCUGCGCCUCUCCAAAAGGGCUGGUCUUGUUCACCGAACCUGUUUCUGACCUGGCUGUUUUCUCUUGGGAUUCCUUCCCAAUUUAUCCGCUGCUGGCAGUGGUCACCACUUGAAGGAAAUUGAGUCAGACACAAAGCAGUGCAUUAUGUAUUCUCAGCCCCCGGGGAGCCACGUUGGACGUUUUCUUGGAGAAGAGCCCUUGCUUCCAGGGCCAGUGGGUCGAUCAGAACAAACAAGAGAGACCAAAGCCAGCCGCAAAGGACAAUCUUCUCAGCCUGCUGACCAUAAUUGUUCAUUCAACUGAAAAGUGUUCUCUCCUUGCACUGGCUUUGGAAACAUGAUUGUACAUUUAAUGAGCUCAUGGGCAGUGGCCUGUAAGCUAUGCCAUUUAAAUUAUGAAUAUAUGAUGUACUUAAGGAUUUUUAAGAUGGUUUUUAUUUUUGAGCUGCUAUUUCUUGGCCAGUAAAAUUCUGGUAAUUGUGUAAGACAAAGAAUUAAACAACAUUUUAAUGGAGCAUGUACCAUGUUCUUGUUGUUGUUAACUAAAAUUGCUAUAAAAAGAUCAAAUUUGACCUCAGAAAAUAAUUUCACUUAGUAAAUGGAAGAUGGAAGAACGUUCCUAAGAGAAGGACCCUCUUCCUUCUCUGGAUGAAGAUGGAGGUGAUGUGAUGGCUCCUGGAGCCAUUUUCUUCUCCAUUUUUCUAUUGGUGUCAUUUGUUUUGAACUUUAUUCAAGGUGACAUCCUGGGUGGACGUGACUGAGGGGCUGACCUGUCCUCCUGAAUGCUUUCUUCUCUCUCAUCCUUCGGCCCUCCUGCCUCCACUUGUUAGUUUUUUACACGGCCUCAGUGGAUCUGGGAAGGGAGACUCCUAACUUAUUAGCAAAUAUUUCUGUUGAGUCAAUCAAUCUAAGCAGAACUUGAAAGUUUACAACUCCAAAUAGAUACAGGUUUCAUUAACAUGGAUACAGUACAAUGAUACUCAAGCAUCUGUGAUCAUGCUUUGGACUAACUGUGCCUUAAAGAAACAAGCGCCAGUCUUUGUGAUAGCUUGAAGACUGGCUUUUUAACAGGAUUUCAGACUUAACCAAGAACCUUGCUAGUGCACCCGCAUCCCCCAGACUACUGGCCUCCUCAGCAGGGAACAUAAAAGAAUUGGCAGAGCCAGGAGCAUUGAAGAUGCCCAGAAGUCAGAGAGACCAGGAGUUCCUUUCAAAUGCGUUCUUGUCUUAUCUGUGCAGUUUGAGCGCUGACAGUAACAAAUGAGAGCCUCUGGUAGCCGAACCCAGCUGAACAACGCAGAGGCUGUCUGAGAUUUGCACAGAGGACAAAGGAUCCAUCACAUUUCUUAUUGGAAUCCCAAUUUGCACCGAGCAAAAAACACUUUCCCGCCUCCAGGUUGCUUGGUCUAAUGUGAAUGUUUGUCUCUCUCUGUUCCUAUCAAGAAUCAAAUGUAUUUUUUGUGUUUACAAGUAUGCUGUUAUGUAAAAGUCCUUCCUUCUGGAGUUGUUUGAGGAGAAAAAAAAACCAAACCCAAAUCAAAGUUUUGUUAAAGUCUUGUUGAGUCUGUUGUUGCAA